AACAAAAUGUAUAAAAGUUAUUUUAAACGUUUACAUCAGUGGUUGUACAUAAUUGAAAAACAGAAAGAAGAAGAAGAAACAAUACAUUUGAAGUUUUGUCUGGAUGAUAGAGGACAAAUUUGUUAACCCUAUAUAAAACAAGGGUUAAAAAAUGGACAGUUGUGGCUCUGGAGUAGUGCAAGUAUUUGUGGGUGAGUGGAGCCCAGAAUAUGAAGCACUUUCAAUUAAAGCUACAAAACAAACUUCAUCAGCUGAAAUAGUGGAAUGUAUUAUAGAAAGACUUGGAUUAGUUGAUGCAUCUGUUUCUAAUGCUUAUGAAUUAGCAGAAGUAGUAGGAAACUCUGUUGGGCAAGAAUGUAAAGAAAGAAGACUUGGGCCAUCUGAGUGUCCAGUAGCACUUAUGUUAUUAUGGCCCAAAAAUGCAGCACAACAAGAAUAUUAUAGGUUUUACUUGAGGAAAAAACAACCAGAUUAUUUAUGGUCAGAUAGUAGGUUUCCCAUGGAUCCACAGCUUCUCAAGGACUAUUUUAAUAGAUUCCUAUAUCAACCACGAGAUAAAGAGUAUCCAGAUCUAUGUCAACUUCCAGAUCUUAAUGAGCAAACUCUAUUAGACAACCUUCGGGCUAGGUUUUUAGCUGGAAACAUAUAUACAUAUGUGGGCAGUAUAUUAAUUGCAUUGAAUCCAUUUAAAUUUUAUCCUAUUUACAAUCCAAAAUAUGUAAAACUCUAUCAAAAUAGAAGAUUGGGGCCAGAUAUACCUCCGCAUAUAUUUGCCAUAGCUGAUGCAGCUUAUCAUUGUAUGCUUAAAGAAAAAAGAAAUCAGUGUAUUGUUAUUAGUGGUGAAAGUGGAUCUGGUAAAACAGAAUCAACAAAUUUUUUAUUACAUCAUUUGACAGCUUUAAGUCAAAAAGGUUCUCAUGGUAGUGGUGUUGAACAGACAAUACUCAGUGCUGGUCCAGUACUGGAAGCAUUUGGAAAUGCAAAAACUGCACAUAACAAUAAUAGUAGUCGUUUUGGCAAAUUUAUCCAAGUGAAUUAUAAAGAAAAUGGAAUGGUGCAUGGGGCGGUUGUACAAAAGUAUCUUUUGGAAAAAUCAAGAAUAGUUUCUCAAGGCAGAAAUGAAAGAAAUUAUCAUGUAUUUUAUUAUCUUUUGGCUGGAGCAAGUGAACAAGAAAAGCAACUUCUGCAUUUAGAAAGUUGUGAUCGUUAUAACUAUUUAAAUAAAAGUGGUUGUUAUGGAUUAGAAAAUGUUGAUGAACGACAUGAAUUCUCAAGACUGAAACAAUCUAUGGAAAUGGUCGGAUUUACGCCAGAAAAGCAGAGACGAUUGUUUGCAGUUCUAUCAGCUGUUCUUUUACUUGGUAAUGUGGAGUUUCAGCCUAAAAAAUCUUAUCAUCAUCAUGAUGAAGCUGUAGGAGUUAAAAAUCCUGAAGUGGUUGCAUUGAUAUCUGAAUUACUUAGAGUAAAACAAGAAACUCUUUUGGCUGCACUUACUGCCAAACGUGCAAGAGCUUCAGGAGAAACAUUAGUCAUUAACUAUAGACUUCCAGAAGCAAUUGCAGCAAGAGAUGCUAUGGCUAAAUGUCUGUAUGGAGCUUUAUUUGAUUGGAUUGUACUUCAGGUGAAUCAUGCUUUGCUUUCUAAGAAAGAUACCCUUAGAGAUCAUCAAGGUAAUAGCAUAGGUGUACUAGAUAUUUUUGGUUUUGAGGAUUUUAAAAUGUGCAAUAGCUUUGAGCAAUUAUGUAUAAAUUAUGCAAACGAACAAUUACAACACUAUUUCAAUCAGCAUGUUUUUCAAUAUGAACAACGAGAGUACAGAAAACAGGGGAUUAGAUGGACAGAUAUAGGAUACAGUGAUAAUUCAGGUUGUUUAAAUUUAAUAGAAGGAAAACCGAAUGGUCUUCUUUGUCUCUUAGACGAUCAGUGCAACUUUCCGGGUGCAACGAAUGAGACACUGCUACAAAAAUUUAAUUCAGUGCAUAAAGACAAUCUAUUUUAUGAAGCGCCACAACGACGCGAAGCAGCUUUUGUUGUACGGCAUUAUGCAGGAGCUGUUAAGUAUCAAGCUGCUAAUAUGAGAGAAAAAAAUCUGGAUUUAAUGCGACCUGAUGGUGUUGUUGGGGUAUUGAAAAAUUCUUCUCUUGCUUUUGUUCGAGAAUUAGUGGGUGCAGAUCCAGUUGCUGUAUUUAGAUGGGCGAUACUUCGAGCAUUUUUUCGUGCUCAUUUUGCUUUUCAAGAAGCAGGUCGAGCUCAUAGACAUGGUCGAGCUGAUGGUACAAAAACGUCUAUACAAAAUAGAUAUAGGACACCGAACGAGAAUUUGAUAAGUUCGCACAAACAUAAUCGUCCACCAAGCUAUCAGAAGCAGCGCAGUGUCUGUAUACCAUCAACUAUACCCACUACCACAUUAUCUUCUAUACAACUCGAAAACAACGAUAAUGUAAACAACAACCGAUUGUCGUGGCCACAAUUUCGAAACAUUAAUCAAACGCAACACUCAUCAAAUGUAACCACGAUGAAGGGUUAUUUAAUAAGAGGCAGGGAAGACCACCCUCAUAGUAAUAAUAAACUCAGGCGAGAUACUCAUAGUCCGCUAGAGAGGGUGCUUCCAAAAGACGAAGCAAAUGUCAUGGAACGCGCUAAUCAAAUAGUCAUGAAAAAUAAAUCAUUUCGACCAAGAGAACGUGGUAAGAAGGGUUUAAAAAAUCUACAAACUGUAAAAACACUUGCUGGAAGAACACAGAGUUAUGGUACAGGACCUGGAAAAGCAAGAAAACAACCUAUGACAGUAUCAGCACAAUUUCAACAAAGUCUGCAUAGUCUUAUGGAUACUUUAAAUCAAGCAAAUCCUUUCUUCAUUAGAUGUAUUAAAAGCAAUGCUAAUAAAGUACCAAAUGAAUUUGACGAGGAAACGGUGCAACGACAAUUAAGAUAUACAGGAAUGUUAGAAACAGUCAGAAUAAGACAAGCUGGAUUUAAUGUUAGAUUAACUUACGAAGAAUUUAUUCAAUUAUAUAGAAUGUUAUUGCCUAAAGGUUUGUUAAGUUCUCAGUCUGAUGUUAGAGAUUUUUUAUUGACAUUAAAUUUAAAUAGAGAUAAUUAUCAACUUGGAACAACUAAAGUAUUCCUUCGGGAAUCAGAAAAAAUUAAAUUAGAUAUCGAAUUACAUCAACAAAUUAUUACAAGUAUUACAACUAUACAAAAAUGGUUUCGUGCUUGUUUGGAAAGAAGAAAAUUCCUUAGAUUGAAAAAUGCAGUUGUGCAAAUACAGUCAUUUUGGAGAAUGAUUAUGGCUCAAAGACAUGCGCAUUCUCUACGAGCUAGAAUUGAGGCUUCCAUUCAUAUUCAAUCUACUUGGAGAGCAUAUAAACAACAUAGUUGGUAUAAAAAACUGAAAUCAUGUGUAAUUACUUUUCAAGCCCAUGUUCGAGGUAACAGAGCAAGAAAAGCUUUUGCAGAAUUAAAGAAACGAAAAAAAUUACCUAUUGAAGAAAUUAGAGAAUAUAAAGAAAUUCAAAAUCAAGGAGAACUAGUACAUGACAACAACAAGGUGUAUUCUAAGCUCAGAAAUAGUGAAGAGUCACUCAUGGAUCAUGGAAUGUUAGAAUUUAAUACGGUUCGCAAGACAGAAUCUCAAAAUCGUUUUACAUCAGCGAGAAUGGAAAACGUGUUACGAGAUAAUCCAAUUGACACAAGUAUAUCAUAUUCGAAGCGUAAAGUUACUCCAAAUACACCAAAUACAAGAAUAUUACAUGAACCUGCAAUCUUAAGAAAUACGGAUUCUUUUCCUUCGGAUGAAUUUAAUGAGCGUAAAAGCAGUUUAGAAAGUUUGACUAGUUUAAGGAGUUAUGAAUCUCAAAUGAGCGUUAAUAGUUCUGAAUCUCAAGACAAUUCUUACAGUAAACCGAUACCAAGCACUAGAACGAAACGUAGUGAUCAAUCUUCAAUAAUUGCAACAAACACAAAUUUAGUAAAUGCUUUAAGCCGAUUGCCGUCUGUUAAUAAACGAGCAGACAGUUCGUCGACAGGAUAUAGCGAUGGAGAGACUGAUAUAGAAAUUCCAAGUACUGUGCAAAGUGCCCCACCUAUCUUUAACACCACUCCAUCAUUUUCAAGUCCACGAGAAGUUUCAUAUCAUCAAUCUAAUGUAAGCUUAACACAUAGUCCAAAUUCUGAUGUCUGGCGUCGAAGACCAGACUUUUCGUCCAUUAAUUAUAGCGAAUAUUUAAUGUCUGGUCCACAAAAAUCAACGUUAACGCGUUCUCCAAAUGUAUCCCAAUAUAAAAGUUUAGCAGAUAACUUAUUCGAACAAACGCAAGAAAAGCCAAACGAAGCAGCAAAUUAUAACGUGAAAUUAGAUAGUGAUCGUUUUGUUCAUAUAGAAUCUUCGUCAACUCGAGAACAGCGUCGAUUAAGUGAUAAUAGUGUACCGAAUGAGCGAAUAGAAAAUAUUCCAGCUUCACCCAUUAGACGCGAUCACGCUUAUGUUCAUAGUAAAGAAAUCAAAGAUUUUAGUUACUUAAGAAGACAAAAUUCAGAAGGAGAUACAUCUAUGAAAUUAGAUGCCGAUGAAAAUGUUUUAAAAAGUCCUUUGUUAAAAGGAACUUCCUCUAAGGAGAAAAAUUUGAGAUCAAAAGAAAAAUGCGAACCUGAUGUGCCUGUCAGAAGCGCUAGACGGAAUCGACCUACUCGAGAAGUUCAAUGUCGAUCCAUGGGUGAGAGCGUAUCGGAAACGAAUAGUGGAGAAGCAAAAUUUCUGGGUACGAUUAAGGAAAGUGAUCUACAUAAAUCAACAAAUGUGCGAACUCGAAAAGAUAGUCCGCAUGAAACAUCUUCGAGAUCAGUAGCAGAUUGGCCUAUGAACAAAAAUGAAGGAACAUCGAAAACGCAACAACCAGGUAAACGUUUAAGAUCCAAUGCUAUAACAACGUUAGAGUUAAGAAGAAGAAAUUCGGAUCCAGCAACUAAAAUAUCAGGACUUAGCGAAGAAAAACCUGGAACUGAUACGAGUCCCAAUGAUUUAAAACUUGCACCUGGAAUGGAUCUUUUAGAAUGGAAAGGCAAUCUUUUUACAUUAGCCGGCCAUUGUUUUAGGAAAGUAGCAAGAUUUGCCAAAGACGAUGUAUGCGUUUGUUGUCAUGAAAAAAUGGAUGCGUUUGUUACACAAGGGUACAAAUGUAUCGACUGUAAACAGUUGUAUCACGUGAAAUGUAUUCAGAAUGGCGGAGUACUUAAAAUGCCCUGUAUAUUAGCGAAUACUCCAAACAGACGAAAAAAUAGGAAACCACCAAGAACACCUUACGACGCUUCGAAACAAGUAGUGGCAUCGAAAUUCAGUUUAACCGGUACAUCGGUUUUCUCUGAUAGUACCGAUAAAAUUAUAUCCGAUGCAAAGGAAUUAGCUCUUAUGCAGGAUUUCAUUACCAAAAAAAUAUACAUAAUGGAAGGCCAAGAAGAAGGCAGAAAACCCAGCGAAGUUGAUCGCGUAUUCAAACAGGCUUUACGUAAAUUUAAAGACGAUCUUGUGAUUACUUAUAGCGUUGCUAUUCAGCAAGGCGUCGAGGGCAAUAUCAAAUACACUGAUCUAAUAGCGAACUUUUUACACGUAAUGGAAACAGUCUGCAAACAAGAAAAUACCAGUGAAGAUUUUCCCGUGACGAUGGGAGUUAACGCGUUUAGAGGAUUUAUGAACGAAUUUAUGACGCUAGUCAAAACAGAAGCACCGGAGAAACAGAGUAAAAGCAAGCGUAAGAAGGAAAAGAAACGGAAACACGAGGAACCAACACGACAUGGUAAUCAUAUGUUCCAAUUAACUAUUAUAAAUAUACCUACAGCCUGUGAAGUGUGUACGUCAUUCUUUAUGUGGCCUAUUGAACGAGGACUCGUCUGUCAGAAUUGUAAGUUAACGUGCCACAAAAAAUGUUAUAUGAAAGCAUCGGCGGAAUGUGGAAAAGAAGCUUUACACGAAAUGAAUUCACACAAGGUAUUUGGUGUACCGUUAUAUAAAUUAGAUUGUGGUGACGGUAAAGUACCGAUAGUGGUAGAUCGGCUAAUCACGACUAUAGAAAUGCAUGGUCUUUAUACGGAAGGUAUAUAUCGAAAAAGCGGUGUCAGUUCUAAAGUGAAAGAAUUGAAAUUAAAAAUGGACGAAGGUGAUCUCGAAGGAGUGGAUUUCGAGAAUUAUCAAGUACACGUGCUUGCAGCAGUAUUGAAAAGUUUCUUUCGUGAUAUGCCUGAACCUUUGCUCACUUUUGAGUAUUACGAUGAUUUUCUGCACGCUGCGAAUUUGACGGAUCCGCGGGAUCGAAUUAGCACCCUAUUCGCCAUUUUGAAAAAACUACCAAAACCGAAUUUCGAUCUAAUGGAACGAUUAAUCGUUCAUUUAGCCAGAGUAGCACUUCACGAGGUCGACAAUCGAAUGUCUCCAUCGGCUUUAGCAAUAGUCUUCGCACCAUGUAUUCUGAGAACGAACAGAACGCUGCCUGCGCAAGAUUCGUUGCAAGAUGUUGGCAGGCAAACCUGUUGCGUCGAAACGAUCGUACAAGAAAAAUUGAGAGUCGUACGAGCAACUUUAGCCGAUAUAAAUACACUCGAAUCCGCUUGUCACACAGCGACUCAUCGUUUAUCCAGUUUACGAUCUUCCAAAAUCUUUAGUCCAGAAGAAUUAAACACGGCAACUCCAAUCGUAACCGCUAGAGGCGCUACCGCAGAUCGAGACAGAGAUCGAGGGGACGAAGAAGAGGCGCUUCUCGUCGACCAUAUACAAGAAAUCCAAAAGGAAAAGGCCCUACUAACUUCAACUCUUCCCAGCCUAACAAGAGCUUCUUCGGAUGAUGACCUACUUCUAUCUGCUACGGAUUUGGAUGAUGGAUCUCUUGAUGAUCUUCUUCCAUCUUCCGCCGGUAAAUUUUUAUGCUUAAGCGUUCAAGAUGGACUCGUAAGAAAGAAACCUAUCCAGAGGCAAAGUUCUACAGACAAUGCAUUUCCGACGAUCAUCAGUGUCGAUGAAGACAUGGUAAUGGUAUGACCAUCCACGGUAAACGUUACCACAAGGAAUGAUAAUCGUUAAAUGUAGCAACAUGACACGCGCUGUGAAGCGUUGACUGAUGGCAGCGAAUCGACGAGUCUUACUUCUGGUCUCAUCGGCAAGCCGCUAGUAAUUUAAAUAAGUAGAAACACGAUAUUAGGUAGGUCUAGUAAUUUGUUCCACGCGAAAUUAAGCUGAUAAUUCGAUCAAACAUAUAUAUAUAUAUAUGAACACACACGCAUAUAUAUAUUAUUUUUCACUCUGUCGCAAAGCUUUCAGAGAUUUCUAAAAAAACGAUUGCAACAAAAUACACGAAAAUACAACUUCACGAGAAGUGUAUGUAAUAUUCAUUUUAUAAGCUAUUUUUCUUCUGGAACGCAUUCCUCUUAUCGAAGACUGUCAAUCAGAUUAGAUGUUUAGAAAACUCCAUUAAAAAAAAAAAAGUUAUAUUUUACAGAUAUUCUAUGAUAGAAUAUCUUCUCUGUUUCGAUAUAUCUCAUAUUUCAUUUUUUUCUAUGAUUGACACGGAGGAUCAUAGUUAUCUUAUAAUACAAAAUGGGAAAGAAAACUGAAUAAUGUUCAUCAGUUAUUGUUACGAAUGUUUAGUCGCAUUUAAAUUCUCGUUCUAUCCAGGUUUUAUCGGUUCGUUUAAAAACGAUCCAUUCUUGUUCUUUAUUCUUUUUACAGAUUUUAUGGACUGUUGCGUUGUUGUGUGUACCAAUAGUAACUUCUUUUUUUCCUAACAGAAGCGCAAGUUUAUGCUGGUUUUUUUUUUUUUUUUUGUUUUUUGACAAUCGCCAAGCUUAGAAACGAAAAUUCUCAUUCGUUUCUUUUUAUUAACAGAAUGAUGAAAGAAACGGCGAUGAAAAGUGAAAAGAACAAUGUAUUUGAUCGAAGACUUGAGAAAAGGAGAAUUAGUAAGGCACUUCGUCAGGUUUCGUUUUUACCAAGCAUAUUUCAUUCACUUUUUUUCUUUUUUUUUUUUUUUUAUACAUAGAAUACUCGCGCGCGCGAUACAAUAGUGUUAUCGAAUCACGCGGAAAGAAGUAAAAAACCAAAUUAUAACUUGUACAUAUUAUUAGGUUAUCCGAGAAGUUCUUGCCGAUUUUUAUACCGUUGCUUGGAUCAAUACAUGAUGGAUGAUUUGAAUCCUGUUAAAAGCGUAAUCAUCGAAUCCUUUUAUAAUUUCUUUUUAUUUUUGGCAAAAAACAUAUCAAUGUAAAUCUGUUUUAAUUAUUUAUCAAAAUAUUCAUUGAUAUUACUUUGCAUUGUAUAUGAAUGUCAUUAAAUUUUUUUACUUAUUAAAGAAUGUUAUUUUUAGGUCGCAGUCCUGAUUUUUUUCGUCACAACAAUAAUUCUGUUUUUUUGAUAAUACAUGAAUAUGAUCGAUAAAAUUGGCAUGUUGCAAUGAAUCUGUCAAGCUCGCCUUUUACCGGAACUUGUGUAGCUGAUUUACGAAAGGUAAAAAUAUUCAAAUAAAUAUAAUACGGCUGAAACUUCUCGAGUCACCCGAUAUAUGCGAUAAUGAAUAUCUCGUAAUAAUUUGUUAUUAUUGUUAACUUUACGAGAGUCGUUACCAAGAUUAUAUUUCUACUGUCGAUAUUCACCGUGUAGAAUUUACACAUGCCUAUAUUCUGUCGAUAAAGUAAGUAUAUAGAACACAAACACACAUAUACACAGGGCCUUCCAAUUAUUUUCUUUCAUAUCAGUUUUUACUUAAGCUAUUUUUUUUCAUACAGAGAGACUUUAUAUAUAUAUAUAUACAUAUAUACAUAACGAGUUCGAGCGAACAUGUAUUAAUAUAUAGGUAUAUACACACACUUACACAUGGGGAAAACUUGUGUAUACACGAGUACUUAUGUAUAUAUGAAGAUUUUUUUUGUAUACAUCGAACUCAACACACGAUUUUUUUUUUUUUUUUUUUACUUGAGAUUUAUUACGAUUUCGUUUUAAUUUCCUUGUCGUCCAUCUUUUUUUUUUUUUUUAUUUUUUUUAGUUUUCGCUUUCUUUAUGCUCAUCUCCCCCUUUUUUAAUACACCGCUAUAGUAUAUAUAGUUGGUCUGUUUUUCUUUCGUACGUCCUCGCGCCAGACUCGAAUACUAAACAAUUGAAAGAGUCAGGAAGUUGUUCGAGUGAAGCGGUAGAACAAAAAAUUUCGAGGUCGCGUUUCGCGAAAAGUGGGAAAAAAAAAAAAAAAAAAAAAAAAAAAAGAAAAAAGAAAGAAAGAAAGAAAAAAGUCACUUCUAUUCGAACAUUUCUGAUUUAUUCAAGCUUUUUAUUCAAGCAUUUAAUCAAAAACCCUAUUGUAUCAUUUUAAUUUUAAUUCAACGACGAAGCGUCACGAUUUUCCUCAAAAAUUUAAUACUUCAUUUUUUUUUUUUUUAUUUCUAUCAAUAUCGUUUAAAAUCAUCUUCCUUUCGUGAGAUAUUUAAUUUAAAAUAUUUUAUAAUACUUUGUAUUCGAUCACUUUUAAUUCGAAAUUUUUUUCUUUCCUCGUUUAAUCGCUCGACUUCACCAACGUUUCGUUAGCGCGCUUUAAAUCUAAUCAAACGACCGGCCACGAAUAGAGAGAGGAUCUCUCUGUAUAUACGUAAAAGGAAGGAGGGAAUAUUUAUACACGUAUAUGGUACACAUACAUGUUCCAAGCUGUGUAGAAAUAUCUUUUAGCAGCGUAUAAAUCGAGCGAUUCGAACAGGUCGAAUCGAAUCGUUCCUUAAAUUAUCGGGCCACGCGUGACUUUUACCCAAGUAACUAUUAGGAUUAAGUUGGAAAAUUUGGAAAAAAGGCACGCGACUUCUUUCAAAAUAAUCGCCAUUUCUUCUUUUUAUCUGUUUCUCCUUUUCUUCCUCAAUCGACUCGCGAAAUUUACGUGAUUACGUACGUUUUAAAAAUGAUCGAUCAAGAAUCUCAAUUGUUUUAAAUGUAUCUACGUACGCUCUUCUUCUAACGCUCAUCUUCGAUGAUUUUACGAAAUUGUAGGGUGAGCGUAAAUUUCUUCGUUUUACGGUUGAUCGAUUUUUACACUUAUUAGAAAUAAGAUCGUUGUGACAUAUGUUUUGUUCUAUUACGUGAAUCGGAUCGUAGCGUGUUUUUUUUUUUUUUUUUAAAUGUUGAAAUGUUAUACCAUUUUCUCGAGUUCGAGGCUUCUACGAUGUUGGUCACGAUGACCAUUCGAAACGACGAUUGGUCGAUUGAGUCGAAUGAUUUUUUUCUCGAUAUGAUCGAAACCAACAACAAGUUCUUGGUUCAUCGUGCUCUCGAAUCAUCGACAUUGAGUAUCGUGAAAAGAAGCAUUACGUGUUACAUGAAUGCACGUGCGUGUCCAUUAUCGAUCGAAGAAAAACUUGCGUGUUAUUAAUCCGAUAAAGGUUCUUUUAUCUUGAUCAGUAUUAAUCAUCCUUUUACGUUUCACAUUACAGUUUCACGUUAUACACUGGAAUUUGUUCUUUUACGUUCUAUAGCGUUCUUCUCAAAUAUCGAUUCGAGUUUCCUAGCAACCUGCUACUUUGUACCAGGACAAUUUUCCUCAAUUAUUUCUUAAAUGAUAAUACUUGGCGAAGCUUUUAAGAAGCUUAUUAUCAGCUCAAUAUCUGUUAAUUAGUUUCAAUAAAUAUUAAUCAAAUCAACUAAUUACGGAUCAUACGGAUUAUAUUUUUCUAUUUUUAUUCCUCUUCUUCGUGAAAUUCGUUCUUUUUCUUUUUUUUUUUUUCUUUUUUUUUAUCGAUAGAUAAUGGACGUGGCGUGUAUAGAUAUGGACGAUAAGAGAAGAACACAUUGGUUAGCGUUAAACGUUCUUUAUGCUGAAAACGUUACUGUUAAUUUCAGUAUCUAGAAAGUGUUCUGUAAAGAUUUCUUCGGGCGAAUGUUUGUUGUUUACGAGGCAAAAAAGGGUUGAUUAAAAAGUAGGUUUGAUUUUCGUUUCGCCUAGUCUGUUAUCGCUUUUUAUCGAGAUCAAUUGUUAAAUCAGUCUUCUGACUCUUUCGUCCUCCCUUAGAGAAGCGCACGUUUCUGUUUUUUUUUUUUUUUUAUCCUUCGAGAAAUUUAUUAUUAGGGAGGCCGGCCACGGUUCUACAGCUUGUAAAUCACGUUAGAGUUUUUCCACCGUGGCGCAGCUGGGAUUUAGUCUUUUUAACCAGGUUAAGCGAUGAGUAAGAACUUAAUCGUUAAACUAAUCUGUAGACGAUCGUUUUAACGCAAACGCAUUACGCUUCUAUUGUGCAAAAAAAAAAAAAAAAAAAAAAAGGUGCUUCGCGCGAGUAUCGAGCGCACAAAAAUAUCAUCCACUUCGAUCGUGAAGGGAGGAAAGCGAACAAGGAUUGGAAAGAACGACGACAAUAUGGAACGUGACAUUCCGGUUAUUUUCUCGGCGACUCCUCGUCUUCUCGUAAAGCGAAAAUUUCACGUUAUUCGAGAUCGGUUACCGAUCUUGCGCAGAAUAAUCGAUGAAAUUUGGUUUUCCGCUGUGUCGAGCGUCGUCGAAAUUAUUAACCGUGUGUAUUCACGAUUCAUAAUCGAGUCAUUGAUUAGAUAUUGCGGAGCGAUCGAUCUUCAAGUCGGUCGCGUCGAAGAACGAAUAAGAUUUAUUGGAGAUUCUUCUACUCUGCCGCACGAUCUGUGUUUGUACAUAGGCGCGAGAAGAAAAAAAACGGAACUCUUCAUGACAAUAUCGCCCCGAAAAAUUCCUAAUUAGCUCGAUCGCGCGCGGCGUAUGCCGACCACGAUCUUCUCGUCACACUCCAUUCUAUAUUUUUGUCUUCUGUGGACUUCGGUUCACGACGUUUCAAACUUGGAUGGCCUCGCCCAUCAAUUAACAAAUAAACCUCACCAGAACCCUGAGCUCGCGUCGAUUUUGCUCGUCGAAAAAAAAAUCUCUGCGAAAUGAAACGGAAAAAAAAAAAGAAAAAAAAAAAAAAGAUCGUCCAAUGAAGCUGCGACUGCGACGAGAGAAAUUAUCGUCCUUGUUUUUCUCGGCCGAAUUCUAUCGUGGAAUUCUUCUAAAUACGCUUAUUACAGUUACAGAGCCGACAACGUUCGCGUUGUCGCGGAGGAAGCCUACCCUUUGCCCCUCAUCCGUACCGAUCUUUGGUCGGCGAUCGUUGACGCGUUGACCGAACGAUCGUCGACAACGAAAGGACGUACUUUCGCUCGUAGUAGGUGCAGUACAGACGCGGCCUUCUCUUCGUUUUUACGAGCAUCGUGCGUGAGUAUUCAUCGCCAUUCAAUCUCGAGUGUGCGCGAUUCGAUACCGUGUCACGAUCGUCGAGGAAAGUCGACGGGGGGUGCUCGAAACACCGAAAACUCGAGGUGUCUGGUAUCGAUCUGGGAUGGAGGAGGGGGGAUGGGGGCAAAGGAACAGAUUCAUGCGAUGUUCAACGAUUAUAAUACACCGAAACGUCGGGACAUUGAAACGCUCUUCCCAUUUGUGUCUUGGCGUAAAAUCUAAAAGAUCACGAUCGCGCGAUCGGUGUAUCCACAUUCGUCGUGCUUACUCCAAACUUCUAAAGAGAAGUGUUUAAUUGGAUCGUACGAUCUUGCGCUCCAUUGCGUAAGAGAACAUUGAUCGAUAAAGCGCGUUAUCUUUUAACUUCUUCCUUCCUCAACAAUGGAUAUAUUUUGUCCAAUGCGCGACGAGUUUGGACAUCCCGUUCAUUGUAUUUAUACAUAUAUAAUAUACAUACCUGUUAUUUUUCUUCGAACAAAAAAAAAGCGUGAGCGUGUACGUGUGAUAAACGGAGAUAGAGAGAGCAGGCGUGAUGGUGUGUCGCACGAAGGAUGAUAUAAAUAUACAUAUAUAAAUAUAUGAUUAUAUAUAUAAAUACGUAGAAGUAUGUGUGCAGAAAUCGUGUAGGAGUGCGUAAAUAAAGUCUUGUUGAGCGGCUAAUUCUUUUGUCGCUCGAUUUAAACAGCGCGAGUGCGCACGCGCGAUCGACGCGUCGUUGCGUGCAUGCGCCGGCGCGAGAUGGCGCGCUUUUCGAAAAUACAUACAUACAUACAUAUAUAUAUAUAUAUAUAUAAAUAUACAUAUAUAUAUAUAUAUACACACAUAUAUAUAUAUACAUAUAUAUACAUAUAUGUAUAUCUGUAUAAAACUAAUAAUAGACACGCAAGGGUCGAAAAGAACGGAGAAAUUCACAGCAGUAAACGUAGCUUCCACUUCUUUUCUUCGUUCCAUGUAGCCAUGAGUUUUAAAUAUAUAUAUAUAGCCUGUUAAUCUCCGUUCUUUUCCACGUACGAGCUUCCGCGGAACAGAACGAUAUUCUGAAACAAUUCCACGAGAAAAAAAAAAAACCUGCCACGCUCAUCCACACUCUUCUCAGUUCUUCCUCCAUCCCACGUUCUUUCGUUUCUCUUCCCUCUUCUUUCUCUGCGUCUGAUCAACCGCGGCUACCCUCUCGAUAUUAGUAGUGUGUACCGUACCGCUGCGCUCAAAUCUUCUUUGGCGUGUUCAUCUUUUCGGCUGCCUGUUUGUCGUUGCCUGGUUGCGUUGUUGUGUGAUGCGAUGCGAUGCGUUGCGUUGCGUGCGUGCGUGGCGUUGAAACGUGAAAAAAAAAAAAAAACGUCGGAUCGGAUUCGACGAGUUUUCGCUGCUAUUUCCAACCGUUGGGGACGAUAAUUAUAUCCGAGGAAGAAAAUUCGCGAAAAUGAAAAGCUACUCGAUUCUUGUUAAAGCGGAUAAAAUGCGUGUUGCGACAAGCAUUUCGUGUUGUUGUACUCACGAAAUGUGAAUUACGUGGCGUCUCGUACAGGUAACCAACCAUCACGUUCCUUUUCACGACUCGAACUUUCCCUCACGAUGUGAACUCCCUAACAGAGUAAUUGCGGAACGAGUUUCAGUUCCCGAGACCGAGAAAAACUUGCGCUUGUAACAGUUCCAACCACGUGGAACUUGGAGAUCGACAGUAUGACAGUCUCAAUGGAUUCAAUGGAUAAUCCUCGGCCGUAUUAAGAGCGUGAUUUCACUGGUCACGCGUGCGGAUAAUUGCGCGGCGAAUCCAAAGAGAGCGCGAGCCCCUUCCCCUUUGAUCUCACAGGUUUCCGAUUUUCCAUUCGUUUCGUCCAUUCGAUUCUUCACAGAUCAUCGAAGAGACCUCUCUUUCUUUUUCUCUUUCUCUCUCUCUCUCUCUCUCUCGAAGAGAGACGGUUCUAUCUCUCGAUUUACGCUCGAUCGCACGUUUUCACACCCUAAUCAGUGGGGAUUAGCGAGUAUCGAAGUGAAACGAGUAGUCUUAGCCAUAGGGAUAUUGGCAACGAACGAAAAAAACGAUGCACGGUGAUACACACGUAACGCGCGACAUUUUGUUUUUUUUUUUUUUUUUUUUUACUAUUACCCCUUUUUUCUUUCCUCUCCACGGCCAUCGAAGUUGGCAAUAAAAUGCGAAUAAGAGUCGAGCCUCUGAUGGUCUUGUACAUUCUCGAAAUACGAGUCUCUUCGUUUUCCGCCACAGUUACGUCCCAACAACGAUGGUCCUCGUUUCGAGGGACAACGAACGUGCUCCCUUUUCCCCCUUUUAUCCCGUAUCUUCCUGCCUUUUUGUUUCGAUUCUCCCACGCAGAAUACACUGGGAACGGUUCUGUUACGUGUCUGCCGAAUAGAUGGCACUUGUUCUUUUCUCCGUCGGGAUUUACCGGAAAAUGGGAUUUUCCACUCGAUUUUUUUUUUGUUCCUUCUUUAAAAACUUUCCUUUUCGAAGCUAGACGUAGUAUUUCGAAGAUUAACGAGCCGAAUUAAACAUCUUUAAAGGUUUUAUUUUUCAGUGGAUUUUGCCUGUGAGAAAUCGAGAUAGAAAAAAAGAAAGAACAAAAAAUAAAGAUCGACCAAGAGAGAGAUUAUGACCCCAAGAUUUAACGCGCAUUACGUGUAAUUUCGAAUAUUAAAUUAAAUUCAUCCGCUUGUCGAACGAUUAUAUAUAUAUAUAUAUUAUCGAUAUUUCGUCGUCAUCGUGAUUUCGAAGAAUUUUCUUUUCCGCAACAACGAUAUACGAGUCGAGGUUGGAUCGAAAGGGAAGAUAGUCGGCGUGUGGGAGAUCGCGAGGAGGAUUGCGAGUGACGCGCGCGUUCCCCAAGUUACGACCGUUUGCUACACUUGCAUACGUCGUGUCUGUCGUGAAUUUAGGAGGGAAGGUUUAACCGAGUUCAUCCGGCGAAUCUGUAAUAACGUUUACUCGAGCUCUAGAGAGGGGGGUGUUUCGCGUUUAUGUGUGCAUGUGUGCGCGUGUACGUGUCGCCUGUCUGCGUGUGGUUAUAUCAUAUGAUGCGUCCGCGAGAGACUGUGUGCGAGGUUACUCUCCGUGAUCGACUGUAAUUUUAUAUAAUAUUUGUAAGGCAAAAGAAAUAUUAUGUACAGCAUACCUGACAGUAAAUAAUAAGUAUCUA